CUCCCGGAAUACAUAUCCUAUCUGUGAUAAUUCACGCCCGCACUCUCUUUUCUUCUCUCUUUCUCUCACCACACACAUUCUAUACAUGAACGAAUCGUUUGCUUUCAAUGACACCUUUAGUACCAGCGAAGAUCCCAUGGAAGACAUGUUUCCCCCCUUGAAUGAAGACGGCCAAAUAACGUUUGACGCUCUUGCGAUAGCCAAUCACGACAAUAACAACAAUAGUGCACAAGAAGAGAUCGAUUCCCAAGAAAACGAUUUACUGCAAUUUCGACAAGAUUCUUCUUCUGAUUCACUUUGGCAUGACGUGGACAGUCUUUCCAACAAGUCAGGAAACAACAACAACAACAACGAAGCUUCCUUAUCGUCAGCAACAGCGUGCGAUACUGGGGACGGUGUUGGCAAUAACAAAAACACUGCUGCUGGACUAAGGAUGCAGAGCGACAAUGACAGUGGUACUACGAGCACAUUGUCAGCAACAGCCAUUGGCUCUAAAGAUUCAAUGUCGGCACAACAACAAGCAGAAGCAUCAGCCGUAUUUAAUAUAUCGUGGGGAGGAAACGAUAAACCACCGGCCGAGUUACACCUUGAACAACCUGAAGAAUCGGAAAUAGUGUCUCGGCGGCCCCUCCCGAAGCCUCGAGGCGUGAGACGGUUACCAGAGCCCGAGCCAGCUGAAGAUGGCACUCUGGAUGAGGAUACGUUGCGGCGACGAAGGAACACUUAUGCAGCUCGAAGAUCACGUAUGAAAAAGUUUCUAAAGAUCGAGAAUCUGGAAAACCGAGUCAAUCAGCUUCAGACCGAGAAUGCAAAGUUGGUGCUGAACAACGCUUUGCUGGAAUCGGAAAAGCGAGGUUGGAUGGCCAAGGAGGCCGAAUACAAGAAACGAAUAAAGCUUCUUGAGUGCCCGAGUGAUGCUUGUUCCGCAAGUGGUACACCACCAGCUGACACCGAGGAACAGCAAUGGAUGGACAUCCAAUAAUCUCUUUAUCUUUACUGCUCAUUUAACCCUUAAACCAUUCAACGAACACGUACACAUAUUGCAUGAUCAUUUACCCAUUGUACAUAGAUACUCCCCUUCUCCCCACAUCAUCUUUACAUACCAUAAA